UUUUCUGCCGUGGACUCUCUUCUAUAGAAUUUAAAUUAUUGUUGCACUUUGCAUGCUGCUGCCCUUUAGUGAAUGUUAAUUUUGGUUGAAAAGAUUGACCUUGGUUUAAAAGCCUGACUUCUCACCAGACAUUUCCUGUUAUAUUCGCUUUUUAGGAAAUUUUAAGACAACACGUUCUGGAUAGACUGCUCAGCAGAGUGACACAUGCACUCCAGCAAACACCACUUGAUACAGACUAUCUGGAAUUUGUAUGUAGACAGGAAAUGGUUUUCCUCAACGUUAUGUCACACCAUAUUCCGGUGUCCCAGGAAGUUACAGAGAAGUUAAUGGAGUUAUGCAAUGCACUUCAAAAUCAGAGAGAACAUCAGCAACGUCCUCCCACACCAGUCCAACUUGACAUGCAAAGUGGAUGUGGACGACCAAAGAUAACAAUAUGUGUUGAAUAUCUAAGGCAUCUACUGGAACUUGGACUGCCAGUGGUGACAAUUGCAAGUUUAGUCGGGAUUUCUCGUGCUACACUGUACAGAAGAAUGGCUGACAACAACCUCUCUGUCAGAGGAAUGUACAGUGCCAUGACCGAUGCAGAAGUAGAUGAACGUGUCUCUGAAAUAAAAGAGAGGAUGCCGCAUGCAGGGUACAGAUUAGUGAAGGGUACUCUGAAGGCACAAGGACAUCGACUCCAGUGGCUUCGUGUGAAAGCAUCAAUGCAUCGUGUAGACAGCGUUGGGAUACUGUCAAGAAUGACCCAACUGGGAUGUGUUAUCAGGCGAACAUACUCCGUGCCAUGCCCCAAGUACCUUGUGCAUAUAGACACCAAUCACAAACUCAUCAGGUACAACAUAGUUAUUUUUGGUGGAAUUGAUGGCUUUUCACGUAAGAUUAUGUACCUGAGGGCUGCAAACAAUAAUCGGUCCGACACCACCUUAGCCUUCUUCAGCCAGGCUGUUCAGGAUUUUGGAUAUCCACUCAGAGUGCGAGCAGAUCAAGGGGGAGAGAAUGUUGGUGUUGCCCGUUUGAUGUUUACCGUGCGUGGACCAGACAGUGGCAGCUUUAUAGCUGGAAAAAGUGUCCAUAACCAAAGAAUCGAGAGACUUUGGCGUGACAUUUGGAUGGGGGUCACCAAUGUGUUUUACCACAUUUUCCACAUGCUGGAGGAAGAGGGCCUCCUCGAUCUAAGCAAUGCCACGCAUUUCUUUUGCCUUCACUAUGUUUUUCUGCCACGUCUUGAAGUAAACCUAGAUGUGUUUAGAGAAGGAUGGGACAAUCACCCUCUAAGAACGGAGCAGAACCUCACACCAAACCAGUUGUGGGAGGUUGGUCAGAUGCAACAUCCCAUUCCAAAUCCAGAGGAGAUGAACAUCCCUCAGAUUGAUUGGGAGGAAAGUGGGGAGGUCCCAGACCCACAUAUUGGAGUGAAUGUUCCUCAGCUGGGGAGCCCACUCACUCCUGAGCAACUGGCUGCAUUACAGCACCACAUUCAUCCUCUGCAGCCUUCAGAAUCCAAUGGUAUUGACAUAUAUAUGACAACCGUGCAGUAUGUUGAAGGAUUGCUGCAGGAACGUUAAGAUGCUACUUUCAUGUGAAAAAUAGAAAUCCUCAAAAAAAAAAUUGGUUGAUCAGAUAUUUAUUUUUCUUUCAAGUUUUCAACACAAAAACAGAACACGUAACCCAAGUUCAGAAACCCUCACAAAUGAUUUUUUUUUUUGGUCAGAAAUGUAAUCCACAGUACCUUGAUUUCUUUCUGUAUUGAGGUGUGUUGAAAAGUAUAACGUAGGGUGAUUAGUCAAAAAAUAAAUACUCCAAAAUAGAACAACUGACCAUCACUUACUCAGUAUGUGCUAGCUAUGUUGUGUUACGCAAGCGCAGCAGAGAAGGCCAUUCUUCAUUCUGCAUUCUUUUCAAAG